GCAUCAGUUUGUUGGCAGCUGUAGUGGUGGAGUUGUCCGGCUCGGUUUGUUUACGACGUGUUGACAUUUUGUAGUUAUUUAAUGUGACUUCAUGUAAGGUAAACUGUGAAAAUGUAAACCAAAUGGAUGGAUUAUUGUUCCGUUAAGUGUCCCUCAAGAUGAAUUGGACAGGAGGGAAGAUAUUCGCAUUAAAAUCAUGGACUACUAUCGGAAUCAUUUCGCUGUUGACAUUGGUUGUGCAAGGUGUGUCAGAACUGGAGCUGACGGUGGAGCCUCAGGACACCGUCGUGGUGCCGGGCAGUGCCGCCAUAUUCAAUUGUGCCGCCACCAGCUCGAACCCAGGCGUGACCCCCACCAUCCGGUGGCGAGAAGACGGGCAGUUUCUGUCCUCCAUCGGCGACCAGUACAGAUCACAACUAUCAAAUGGAUCGCUAUACAUUACCACAAUGUUUCCAGAGCAGCAGGGUCUCAAAGGUGACUACCAGUGUGUAGCCACACUUGACAAUGUUGGCUCCAUUGUCAGCCACACUGCACGCCUCAAAGUUGCAACACUACCGCAAAUACAGCAGCAGCCGGCAGACCAGCAAGUAUUCCCAGGACAGACAGCUUACUUUAGUUGUUGGGUGGAUGCUACUCCACCAGCCACUGUCACUUGGCUCAAAGAUGGACGACCAUUGCAUUUGGAUGAGAGUCGCAUGUUGGUCCUGCCCUCUGGAGCGCUGGAGCUUGAUGAAGUACGAGCAUCAGAUCAGGGCAGUUACCAGUGUAAUGCCACAAGUCUGGACCAGCAUCGUCUCACUGUCGCUGCAACACUCAGCAUUGACUUGAAUCUCGAAGCUGGAGCAAGCAUAGUGCCACCCGUGUUUGUGGCCACACCUCGGUCAUCUGUGGUAACAGAGGGCAGCACUGUGACAUUGGACUGUGCAGCCAAUGGCCAGCCUCGACCGUGGCUGACAUGGUUGAAGGAUGGCAUCGCUAUUGACAUGGCGGAGCUGGGCAGUCGGUUUAGCAAAGUGGGGACGGGUAGUUUGCAGAUCAGUGACGUUGUGGAACAAGACCAAGGCACAUACCAGUGUCGGGCCGAGAACAGGGACGAUUCAGUGGAUGCAACUGCCACACUUGAAGUGCACGUUCCUCCAAGGUUUCUGAAGCGUCCGUCCAAUCACUUUGCGUUGGAGAAAGAGGACGUGGAAUUUGAGUGUGCCGUGUAUGGAAAACCAGAACCACACGUGCACUGGGUGAAGAACGGGGAUAUUAUUUCGCAAAAUGACUACCUUCAGGUGGUGAAUGGCUACAAUCUCCGCAUCCUUGGCCUCAUGGAAAUGGAUGCUGGAGUAUUCCAGUGCAUAGGUUCAAAUGCUGCAGGCAACAUCCAGGCUGCGGCUAUGCUCACCAUUGUCCAGCCAGGCCUGCCAGUGGCCUCCUCCCCCAGUUCUCCUGGGCUCGGAGCUGUACUAACAGCAUAUACGGCCCCGCCUCCUACAGAUGUACGAGCGGAAGGCAACAGUGGGAAGGAAUCACAACCAUCAGGAGGCACAGAUCUGCCCUCUGCACCACGUGAACUGAAGGCUGUUAUUGUGUCAACGAGGUUUGUGACGCUGAGCUGGAACCCUCCUGAGAAAGUGAAUGCUCCAAUCAUUACGUACUCCGUGUUCUACCGCCAAGAAGGAUCUGAAAGAGAACGUGUUGUGAACACAACAGGCUCAAGGUUGGAGGAAGUCAACAUUGCAGGACUGACUCCUGACCGUACUUACUUCUUCCGAGUGCUAGCAUACAGUGCCCGUGGUCGAGGAUUGGGUUCAGAUCUUUUGGAAGUUACCACUAAGCCUGAGGUUCAUGUGCCAGGCCCUCCUGUUAAAUUGAGGGUGAUACCCGCGUCCCCAACGAGCCUGCUUGUCCAGUGGGGCCCACCAGAGCAGAGCAAUGGACACAUCCAGCAUUACAACAUGUUCUAUAUGGAGGGAGACUCAGCAGAAGAGCACCAUGUGGUGACAUCAGACUUGCAGUUUGAGUUGAUGGGUCUCAACAAGUUCACAGAGUACAGCGUUUGGGUUGUGGCAUUCAAUCAGAAUGGACCCGGUUCCAGCACAGAGGAGGUGGUGUGCAGAACUUUGUCAGAUGUACCCUCUGAUCCACCGCAAAAUGUCACGCUAGAAGCCAGCAGCUCAACGAGUGUGACAGUAAGGUGGGAGGCCCCCCCGAAGGAAGGUCGCAAUGGAAUCAUCACAGGGUACAAGCUGAGGUACAGGAAACGUGACAGACGUGGAGAACGUCGAGGUGACACUGUGACAACAGCUGGUGACAGGCGCCUGUACACAUUGGUAGGACUGGAGCGACGGUCUGUGUACCAGGUCCGCUUGUGGGCCCUCAAUGUUAAUGGGACGGGUCCUCCUACAGAGUGGUAUACCAUUGAGACGUAUGAGAACGACCUGGAUGAGAGCCAAGUUCCUGAUAUGCCUACUGCACUGAAGGCUCGACCAAUGACAGACACUAUCACUGUUUCGUGGAACCCACCACAUAACCAGAACAUCAUGGUACGGGGCUAUACCAUUGGCUGGGGGAAAGGCAUCCCUGAUGUAUACACGCAACUUCUGGAUGGGAAACAGAGGUUUUACGUUAUUGAGGGCGUUGAGCCCAACUCGGAGUAUGUCAUCAGCUUGAGAGCAUAUAAUGACAUGGGAGAUGGACGCCCUGUGUAUGUAUCUAUGCGUACAAAGGAGAUGGUUGCUCCAGAACCUGUCUCACCACUCAUACCUCCUGUGGGACUGAUGGCCAUUGUCCUUUCUUCCGCGACAGUGGUUGUGUACUGGACAGACACCACCCUCUCCAAGAGUCAGUUUGUGACAGAUAACCGAUACUAUGUGGUACGCUACACACCAUCUCACUACUCUAACAAUCCACGCUACAAGUAUUUCAAUGCCACUGAUCUCAACUGCAUGAUCAAUGACCUGAAGCCAAGUACCCAGUACGAAUUCACCGUUAAGGUUGUCAAGGGUCGCCGAGAGAGCCCUUGGAGCAUGGUUGUAUUGAACAUGACCCAGGAGGCAGCACCAUCCAGCCAGCCCCGAGACCUUACUGUUGUCCCUGUGGAGGAUAACCCCAGUGCUGUCAACCUUAAUUGGCAGCCACCUAAACAGCCCAAUGGACCUAUCACAGGCUAUGUGAUCCUGUAUACAACAGAUCAUACUCAGCGAGACCGUGAGUGGGUAGUAGAAGGUAUUCUGGGAGACAAGAUGACUACAGCCAUCAAAGGACUGACUGCAGACACCAUGUACCACUUCAAGAUUCAAGCCCGCAACAACAAGGGCUACGGCCCGUUCUCCAACAUCGUUUCCUUCACCACUGGACCAAGCAACGGGUUUGAUUUUUUCGAUAGAGGGCAGCCUAUGCGAGAUGGUCGUGGGCUGAACACAAAAGUUCUGAUGUACAUCGGAGUGGGCAGUGGGCUGGUACUGGUUACAGCUAUAGUGGUUGGGGUUGUUGUGUGCUGCCGGCGUAAAUCAGCGCAACGGAGCAAAAAGGGUUACAUAAAAGGCAAUGCCAAGGGGAAGCCAGGCAAACCUAAUAUCAAGCCACCGGACUUGUGGAUCCAUCAUGACCAAAUGGAAUUGAAAGCCCUUGAAAAGACACAGUCAGGAGCAGGAGUAGGGGGAGGGGAUGGUCCUUCUGGAGUGCCAAUUGCCGUGAGCACGCUGCCUCGUACGUCAGGUGGCCAAGACUUUGAAUCUGGUGACCCGCAUCAUCACAGCAACUCUCUUGACAAGCGAACCUAUGUCUCUUCUUACAUAGGCGGAGAUGAAAAGAUGUCAACCGCACGGCGCAUCAUCAAACCCAAGCCCAUCAUGCUGCCCGUUGACAGUGUACCUCUCCGAGAACCAAUUGCAACAGCAACUCCAAUAGCAGGCAGCAGUAAUAUGCCUGGAAGCCAGCAGGGGACAAGUGUGGACAUGGUUCAAACAGGGAGCAGUCGACCACUGUACCCACGAACCCAGUACACUAUCUCGCGGGCCCAUGUCACACUGGACCAAGCAGCUCAAUCACCAGAGAACCCUUACUCCUUGCAGGGAGGUUAUGGCACUGUGGGAAGUCUGCCAUUGGCUGGAGCGGGGGCUCCAGGCCCCCCUCACCACCAUCCUGGUGUCACUGGCACACAACAGGGACCCUAUAGUACUGGAAUGUCUGCCCAGGAUGGCGCAGGGUCUGGGACCAUGGGUAAGCGACUGCAGGGCCAUCCACUGAAAAGCUUCAGUGUUCCUGCACCCCCUCCACAGUCAGCGCCCUCCACCCCUCAGCAGAAACACGUGGCUCCUUCAGUGACUGUCAGGCCCCAGGGAUCAAGUCCAUACAAGAAGGCAGAUAUCCUGGCUUCAGGAGCCGCUGUUUCUGCAAAAGGGCGCAGUGUGGCUCCAGGACCUUCCACUGCCCCCACAGUGACGGCUCCAGCCUCAUCAGAAGAUGCCAGCAGGAUGCAGCCUUCAUACAGCACAGAGGAACUAAACCAGGAGAUGGCUAAUCUUGAGGGUCUGAUGAAGGACCUGAAUGCCAUCACAGCAUCUGAGUUUGAGUGCUGAGCAAGUUCCUAGUAUCGCGUUGUUCAGAGCUGCUUCUCACGAAGGGAAUAGGAACUGCAGCCAGCCUAAAUGUCGUGAAACACUUGUCUGAACCUUGUGAUGAAAAAUGCAAUGUUUUUAUGAGGCCUAGUUCUAUACCAAUAUGUGAGAGAGAAGAAAUGAUUUGUUUUAAGGUCGAUUGGUCAUGUGGUUUAUUUAAAAGUGUUUUUUUCAGUUGUGUUGUUUGUGCAGGUAUGGAUAUGGUCAGGAUUUAUCUGAUUCAGGAUAUAGUUCAGUGGCAAGAUGAACAUGGUAAUAAACCUGGGAGGGUCAGAACAGUGGGAAUUGGACUGAUGCGCCAUCUGGACAUAAUUAACUGGUGAUGGAAUCAAAGCAUAAUUAGAUGGUAGAUUCCUAAGCUUCAUUACAUGACGGAUGAAAUCAGAUUCAGAAGAUCUGCAUAAUAAUUUGUCUCGUUUUAUUUCCAGAAAAUUUUCCAAGAAAUGAAAAUGAAUUGAAAGCAUUUCUGUUUCAGAGUACAAAGUUUAUCUUCGAAUUUUUUUAAGUUUAUUACUAAUGUCUGUCGACCUACCUGGUCAUUCCAUAUUACAUUGAUUAAGCAGUAUAUGAAAAAUCUGAAUUUCGAGACCCUCACAUUGGUAAGGUUGCUGAUAUUAGUCUUCUGAGACAUGAUACUGUGCAGUGUGUUUAGGUGCAGACCAACAUUUCUUUAGCAAUACAACAUGGCUUGCAGUAAUUAAAGAGAUUUUCAUGAAAAGUA